CGGCCGCCGGUCUGCACAGGCAGCACCAUGGCGCUCACGGUGGUCAGCAUGGCGUGUGUCGAGUUCUUCUUGGUCCAGGGGGCCUGGCCACAUGACGGUGGUCGGGACACGCCCUCCCUGUCUGCCUGGCCCAGCGCUGUGGUGCCUCGAGGAGGAAACGUGACUCUUCGCUGUCACCGUUACUCUCGGUUUAGAACGUUCAGGUUGUACAAGGAAGACAGGAUCCUCAAUCCUGACUUCCAGGGCGGAAUAUUCCGGGACAGCUACCUCAUGGGCCCUGUGACCACAGCACACGCAGGGACGUACAGAUGUCAGGGUUUUCACCCAGACUCCCCCACUCCAUGGACGGCACUCAGCAGCCCCCUGAAGAUCAUGGUCACAGGAUUCCACAGAAAACCUUCCCUCCAGGCCCUCCCAGGUCCCCUGGUGAAAUUGGGAGAGACGGUCAUCCUGCAAUGUUGGUCAGAUGUCGUGUUUGAGCACUUCCUUCUGCACAGAAAGGGGAUCUCUGAGAAUCUCUUGCGCAGCAUUGGAGAACCCCAUGAUGGGGGCUCCCAGGCCAACUUCUUCAUAAAUUCCACGCUGCCUGGCCUUGCAGGGACCUACAGAUGCUACGGUUCUGUCACUCACUCCCUCUAUGAGUGGUCAGCUCCCAGUGACCCCUUGGACAUCGUGAUCAUAGGUCAAUAUGAGAAACCUUCUCUCUCAGCCCAGCCGGGCCUCACGGUUCGGCCAGGACAGAACGUGACCUUGUCCUGCAGCUCCUGGAGCUCAUUUGACGUGUACCAUCUAUCCAGGGAGGGGGAGGCCCCUGAACUCAGGCUCCCUGCAGUGCGGAGCAUCAAUGGAACAUUCCAGGCCCACUUCCCUCUGGGCCCUGCCAGCCAUGGAGGGACCUACAGAUGCUUCGGCUCUUUCCGUGACUCUCCCUACGAGUGGUCAGCCCCGAGUGACCCCUCUCUCCUGUCCCGUGUUCUAGGAAAUCCUACAAGCGGUUGGCCUUCACCCACUGAACCAAGCUCCAAAACUGGUAACCCCAGACACCUGCACAUUCUGAUUGGGUCCUCAGGGGUCAUCAUCCUGUUCAUCAUCCUGCUCUUUUUUCUCCUUCAUCGCUGGUGGUCCAGGAAAAACAAUGCUGCAGUAAAGGACCAAGAGCCUGCAGUGGACAGAACAGUGAACAGGGAGGACUCUGAUGGACAAGACCCUCAGGAGGUGACAUACGCACAGCUGGAUCAUGACGUUUUCACACAGAGAAAAACCUACUCGCCCUUCUCAGAGGCCCAGGAGACCCCCACCAGAACCCAGUGUGUACACUGGAACUCCCGAAAUGCGGAGCCCAGAUUGAAAGUUGUCUCCUGUCCAUGAGCCACAGACAGGCCUUGAGGGGUCCUUUAGGGAGACAAUGGCCCUGACUCAAACCUGCCUUGCCAGCUCCAGUGUAGCAGCAGCUGGGACCUGAAGGCGUGAGUCUGUGUCUCAGGGGAUCGCUCUUCCUCACACCAUGAAUCUGAACGUGGCUCUCUCUUGCUUACAAAUGUCUGCGGUCCUCACUGCCUGCUGGACAGAAAACACACUCGUUUGCUUAACACACAGUUCUCCAUUUCACUUGACCCCUGCCCACCUCUCCAACCUAAUUGGCUUACUUCCUGGUCCUACCUGAGGCUGCAGUCACAGUGAGGAACUCACAAGUCCAGACAUACAAGAGGCUCCCUCUUAACACAGCACUUAGAUACGUGCUGUUCUACCUUCCCGCAUGCUGUUCCACCUGCCCUCAGACUUUGAGGGAUUUUGCAGCCUUCUGUCAUCCGUAAAAUUUUUAAGCUCUUUUUGUGUAUAAUUUCGAUGUCGUUCUCUUCAAAUAAACAUGUCUGCCCUCA